CUCUUUUCAUUCAAACUUGACAUUACUUCCUUCAGUUACAGCAAAGAGCUUUACAUUCUCAACCAUGGUCACACAGAAAGACUUCAAGCAUAAUGAUAUAGAGACACUACGCUCUCGUGUCAUUGUAGAGCGAGACCGUGUUACUAGUACUGCUUCGACAGAUUAUCCCCAUAAUUAUCCAGGCCUUGAUUUGGCGUUUGAUUUAGAAAAGUUCAAAGAGAACUUCAAGGUCAAAAUCAACCGUCUUUCAAAGAAUGAAAUCGAGUUUGAUAUGGUCGGGAUUGAUGCAGCGAUCGCCAAUGCUUUCAGACGUAUCCUCAUUGCGGAAGUCCCAACCAUGGCGAUCUCUCAAGUCUUUGUGAUGAACAACACUUCAGUUGUCGUGGAUGAGGUUCUGGCACACCGGUUGGGAUUGAUUCCCAUCUUGGCAGAUCCUACAAAGUUUGAUUUUAAAGCCAAGGAAGAGACAUCAACAGAUAUCAACACUAUUGUCCUCCGGUUGAACAUUCGUUGCAAACGUAAUCCCAACGCAUCUGCUACAGAGACAGAUCCUCUGAAGAAAUAUAUUCAUUCAACUGUAUAUUCUGGAGAUCUGAUCUGGGAUCCCAAAGGAGAUCAAGCAGAGAAAUUCAAGGACUGCCCUAUUAAACCUGUCUAUGAUGAUAUUGUUAUUGCAAAGCUGCGACCGGGUCAGGAGAUCGAUGUAGAAGUGCACUGUGAAAAGGGAAUAGGACAGGAUCAUGCAAAAUGGUCUCCUGUGGCCACAGCGACCUACCGUCUGCUUCCAGAGAUUUUGAUCAACGGAGAGAUCGUAGGAGAAGACGCUGUUAAAUUCCAGUCGUGUUUCCCUGAAGGUGUUGUUGACAUUGUGGAGGAGAAUGGUGUUAAGAAAGCAAAGGUUGUCAAUCCAAGGAAGGAUACUGUUUCAAGAGAAGUGCUUCGCUACCCUGAAUUUGAAAACAAGGUCAAGCUGACUCGUGUCCGGGAUCACUUUAUCUUUACUAUCGAAUCUGUUGGAUCAAUUGAGCCUCAGGAUCUGUUAGUUCAAGCAGUGCAGGUGCUCAUGGACAAGUGUGCUCAGGUCAAGCGAGCACUGCAGGCCACCCUUCAGUCUGAUUAAUCUUUUUUCUCUCCUCAUAAGCAUCAUCCGACAUAAUGCCACUAUAUCACCCACUUCUUAUCUUUGUUUUUUCCCUCUCGAUCGCAUGUUUAUAAUAUACACACACUUUUUUUUCCCCCUAUCUUUAUAAUGGUUAUACAAGUUAUUGUUGAUUCAUGAUGGAUCUAAGUUCAUGACUACGUAUUUUCGCCCGUUCAAUACAUUGUUUCAACAAUGAUUGUGAAGUUGAAGCGGCACCGACUUUAGAAAUUCUACAAAGUCGACCAU